GGCGAGCACGGCUACCCUGUCACAAUCGCUCGCUAUUCCCCCAACGGGGAAUGGAUCGCAUCCGCCGACACCUCCGGAACCGUCCGGAUUUGGGGCGUCCACAACGGCUUCGUCCUCCACAACGAAUUUCGGGUUCUCUCUGGCCGAAUCGACGAUCUGCAAUGGUCUCCCGAUCAGCUGAGGAUCGUUGUCUCCGGCGACGGCAAGGGUAAAUCUUUUGUACGUGCUUUCGUGUGGGAUUCGGGAAGCACCGUGGGGGAAUUCGAUGGACAUUCAAAACGGGUGUUGAGUUGUGCGUUCAAGCCCACUCGACCGUUCCGUAUAGUUAGUUGCGGAGAGGAUUUUGUAGUGAAUUUCUAUGAAGACCCUCCGUUUAAGUUCAUGCUCUCUCACAGGCAGCACUCCAACUUUGUGAAUUGUGUUAGAUUUUCACCAGAUGGCAGCAAGUGCAUUACUGUGAGCUCUGACAAGAAAGGGUUAGUCUACAAUGGCAAGACUGGUGAAAUCAUUGGAGAGUUGUCCCAUGAAAAUGCUCAUACAGGUAGCAUAUACGCCGUUAGCUGGAGCCCAGAUAGUAAGCGGGUGCUAACAGCUUCGGCUGAUAAGUCUGCCAAAGUAUGGGAGAUUUCCGAGGAUGGGACUGGGACCGUGGUAAAGACAUUGACGUGUCCUGGUUCUGGUGGAGUUGAGGAUAUGUUGGUUGGAUGCCUUUGGCUCAACGAUCAUAUCAUUGUUGUUUCACUUUCUGGAGCGAUUAACUUGUUCUCUGCAAGUGAUCUUGAUAAAGCUCCAGUGUUGUUGUCAGGGCACAUGAAGAAUGUCACAGCAUUGACACUGCUCGAAAAGGAACAAAAGACGAUUUUGACAAGCAGCUACGAUGGCCAACUCAUCAAAUGGAUACAGGGAAUUGGUUAUGCUUGUAGAUUACAGAGGGGGAGCAAUUCCCAAAUUAAGUGUUUGGCAGCUGCUAAAGAUGAGAUCAUUACAUCCGGAUUUGACAACAAGGUACACUUCAAUAUGUUAUCUAUUGUAACUUUUUAUUGGCAUAAUAGACGAAAAUGA